ACCUCGGUUUGUCACAGUUACCAUAACAACAACGAUAACGGCUGAAAACUAUCGGGAGAUUGUGCUUGUCGAAUCUUCAGAAAUGGAGGACCGCUACGCCUUCCUAGCCGAGUGGUACGACCCGACCGCCUCCCUCCUGCGGCGCUACCAGCUGUUCUUCUUCCCCAGAGACGGCUCGGUGGAGAUGUUUGACGUUAAGAACCAGAGGAUCUUCCUGAGGAGGACUCGGUACGAAGACCUGAACCAGGAGGACUUGUUCGUGGGGAACCGAGUCAACGUGUUCUCAAGACAGCUCCACCUGGUGGACUACGGAGACCAGUACACCGCCAACCAGCUGGGCAGCCGGAAGGAGCGAACUCUGGCGCUGAUCAAACCCGACAUGGUGAACAGAGUGGGCGACGUGCUGGAGAGGAUCUGCUCCUCCAAGCUGCUGGUCACCAACGCCAAGAUGACCACGCUGUCCUGGAAGCAGGCGGCCGACUUCUACGUGGAGCAUCAGUCCAAACCAUCAAGCAACCUGGUGCAGUUUGCGUCCUCGGGCCCCGUGGUGGCCCUGGAGCUGAUGGGGGACGAGGCCGUGUCGGUCUGGAGGACGCUCCUGGGCCCGGCCGACUCCUCGGCGGCGAGGAAGGAGGCGCCGCUGAGCGUCCGCGCCCAGUUCGGAACCGACAGCCUGAAGAACGUGGGCCACGGCUCGGAGUCGCUGGCCGCGGCCGCCAGAGAGCUGGAGUUCUUCUUCCCGUCCACCGCCGGCCACGGCCCGGCCAACACGGCCGUGUACGGAGACUGCACCUGCUGCAUCAUCAAGCCCCACGCCCUGGCAGAAGGUCUGAGCGGCAAGAUCCUGAACUCCAUCUCAGAGGCCGGCUUCCACAUCUCAGCGCUCCAGAUGGUGAGACAGAGUCUACAGAGCCCCCCAGAGACCCCCAGAGUCUACAGAGGGUUCCUCUCUCAGAUGAUGGUGAGGGAGCUGAGCUCGGGGCCCUGCAUGGUGCUGGAGGUCCAGGGAGCCGUUCAGUCCUUCAGGAGGUUCUGUGGCCCGGCCGACCCGGAAGUGGCCCGUCACCUGCGGCCGGCGUCUCUGCGGGCGCUGUACGGUGACGACCGGGUGAAGAACGGCGUGCACUGCACCGACCUGCCGGAGGACGGCCUGCUGGAGGUCCAGUACUUCUUCAGGAUUCUGGAUGGAUGACCGGACGCAGUGAGACAGGAUGCAGUGAGACGCAGUGAGACAGGAUGCAGUGAGACGCAGUGAGACAGGAUGCAGUGAGAUGCAGUGAGACAGGACAGUGAGACACAGUGAGACAGGAUGCAGUGAGACACAGUGAGACAGGACACAGUGAGAUAGGAUGCAGUGAGACAGGACACAGUGAGACAGGAUGCAGUGAGACACAGUGAGACAGGACAGUGAGACACAGUGAGACGCAGUGAGACAGGACACAGUGAGACGCAGUGAGACGCAGUGAGACAGUUGACUUGUUUAUUGUUUCUUAUGCAGUAGAUCUCAGAGACGACACGGACCUCGGAUGCUUCUUUUUUACCUUAGUGACCAGCUUUGGUUUUGGAUUCAUACACUUUGAACAAAAUGUACAACUGCAUAAAUAUAAAAUUCUUCCACCAUGAAAAUGGUUAAAACA